CUUGCAGACGAACUGGGCAAGAAGGAGAAGGCAGCGCGAAGGCUGGAUGGCUUGAUAUGGCCAGAAGUGUGUAGAUCUGUGCUUGCAACACACGCCUUCUCUGAUAUUGCUCUCGUUCUUUCGUUAUGCAUGAGGAUGCAUGACGUGACAUCAGCAUCUCUCCUCCUGCUUUCCUUCAUCGCCGGCAUCUCCCUCGCCGAUGGCUCUGCAGCCUCUUUGCAUCCACGGCGGCCGUCCUCCUUCCUCCAGCCACUUCCUCCUUGCUGUCAGCAGCGGCUAAGGCUCACAACCACCCGGCUGCACGCAGAGGAGAGGCCACGCGCGAGGAAGAAGGUCGACUCUGCGUACUAUCUGCCGUCAGAUCCUGGGCAGUUCGUCAAGUCGGUAAGAAGCCCUGCGCGCUGACAGGUGCCUGACCGGUGAGAUGAAUGUGUGUUCGCUCGUUUCUGGUGUGGUAUGUGGCCUGCUUGUCAGGUGGAUAGCAAGCGUGUCAAGAGGAAGCCGAAGCUGGAGAGUGCAUGGGACGAGCCGGAGCCGGCAUAUGCAGAAGAGCAAGAGCCGCAGGAGGAGUGGCCACCGGCGACAGCCACCAGGCCACCACCAUCACCACAAGCAGCGGAGCCUGCCGAGAAGAAGAAGCCUUUGAUGACUAUAUUCGGUAUGAUCGAUAUGGUUGAAUGUGCACACACCCAACACGUGUGCCUGCCUGCCUAUGUGUGUGUGUGUCAGGUGUGGAUCUGUCAGUGCCUAGUGUGAGGGCUGCCUCCAGCAGAGGGAGGCAGGUCAGAGAGGCCAUCGAGACUCUGCCCGCCACACCCAGCACACCCACCGCACCCAUCCCACCAGCCCCACCGACCCCACCGGCCAGACCAACCCCACCGGUCCCACCGUUGAGACGGAUCGCACCGACGACACCGCGUGAACCCGGGGAUCAGUACUAUCAAGAGACGGUGCCUCGCGCGGCGCCUGAUGCGUUUGUUACGAAGAGGCGACGGCCGCCUGCGGAUAUUACGUUUGAGAGAUAUGUGGUGGGCAGCAGGGCUGUCAGGAAGGCAUAUGCAGGUAUGUAUGGAUCUCUCUCUCUCUCUCUCUGUGUGUGUGUGUGUGUGUGCGUCCGUCAGGCCUUCUCGGAGGAGGAUGCAGAAAUCGCAGAGCUUGAGGCAGAGGUGAGGGAGAGGAAACCACACAUGUGUUUAUGUGUAUCUGUGUGUGUUGCCUUGUGCUGUCUUGUCUGUGUGUGUGCAGGUGUCCGGUCUGCAGCGUGAGUUGUCUUCGAUCAACGCGGCCGCAGCGGAGAAUAUGAAGCUCAAAGCUGAGCCGGGAUUCUACUUCAAGUACACACACAUGCACAGACAGACAGACAGACACGCAGAGACAGGCAGACAGCGACGAUUGCUUGUGUCACGGUUGGUGUUGGUUCAGUGUUGAGUAUCUGAAGGAGGAGAUCGACAUCAAGAAGGAACUGCUCAAGGCGCUCAAGAAGAAGAAAGACGAAAGAGGUGAGUACGUAUGUGUGUACAUAUAUGUACAAAUGUGUACGAACGUAUGCGUGUAUAUGUAUACAAACGUGUACGUGUACAUGUACAUGUACAUAUGUAUGCGUGUACGUAUGCGUCCAUGUGUACAUAUAUGUACGUAUGACAUAUAUGUACGUAUGUACGUAUGUAUGUAUGUACAUGUACAUAUUUGUAUGUAUAAAUGUCUGUACGUUUGUGUAUGCGACGUGUGUAUGUGAUCUGUGUCUCCGUUGCAGCUUUCGAAGUGGGCAGAAUUGCCAAAAGGCAUCGUAAGCAGCGGCUGAAUGCGACACACACGCAUCCAUCCGUCCACACGCCGGUGUUCUGUAUGUGUUGGUUGGUUCAGGUGACAAGGUGGAUUUUCUGAUGCGAACCGAAGAGAUCAGAAUUAAGAGAGGACGCUUUUGACCCCCUGAGCGAAGAGAGUGAGUGAGUG